AUGUUGUACCAGGAUGCAUUUGAAGUUGUAAACCCACUUGGCUCGGGCAAGAAGAAACAUAAAAUCCUGGCAGUGUACAUGACCCUAGGAAGUGGCAGGCCUUUCUGUAGUGUCAUUACAUCACUCAGUGUGUUCUUUUUAACUUCAGUCACAGAGCAGAUACAACAAGAAAUCUCAAGAGUUCUCCCAGAAUUAGAUGUCAACAAACUUCAAGAUGUGGUCAAUCACCUUUGUUUUGUGGUGGGUGUUCAGAAGACACAGGAUCUUGGGCUAGUAGAGGUAACGGAUCUCCAGGACUUCUUAUUCCCUAUACAGUGUCGAAAACUACUAAUGGACUUCCAACAAACAGCAUCUAGAGGCCAAGUGGAUGAAACGCCAAUUGAGAUCACAUUCACCACAUUACCACCACACGACUCACUAUAUGACCAGCCAUCCACUUCCUACACUCCUUCAAAUUCUGAUUGGCUCAGUAUGUUCCAGAUUCCUUGGGAACGCAUGCCUACAGCCCUUCUACAUGCAGCAUCCAAUAAGGAGAAGGCUCCACUUGGACCGCGGAGAGAGUUUGUGAGAAAUGUUGUGGCAGCUAUGAGAGAACUUUGCCCAAACCCAAACUUAGCUGACUGUGGGGAAGUAGCAAAAGAAAUUUUUUCUAAACAUUCGUUGACAUUUGGAGACUUUUCAGAGGAAGGGGAACAACUGGGAAAAGGCUAUAGUUCACUGCAAAGACAGCUGAAAACCAGAGUUGAACAUGUUAAUAGAGACAAUGUAGCACACAGGAUACGUCAACCCAAAAAACACUCAGCAGAACAAGAACCGAACAACUGCACAGUCAAAAAAGUUAGAUGCAAAGUUGACAGUUAUGGAUGCAUUAAUUGGCAACCUGCCUCCAUGCCUGAUGGAGAGACCGCAGAAUCUCUUGAAAUAAAGAGAAAUCUUCUAUUAGAAAAGUUUCAGUAUGGAGGCCCACAUUCUACUGAAAUGUCUGAUGUGGACAACCUAAUGCAAGAGACUUACAUUCAUCAGCGACAAAUGAUUAAUGCAUGCCCCCCUCCAGCCAUUGGUGAUAUUGAAGUUGAGUGGCCAUAUUUAUUCACUAAAAGAGGCCUAUGCAAUCAUUUUGAAACCCUUACAGGGAUUGACAUAAGCAGUCGCCUCAGUGAAUGCCUGAUUGGCAAAAGCAAUAGGAUUGUGAACUACUUUCAAAAACAAACAUUAAAAUGGAAUGCAGAGGUCCAGGCUCUCCUAAAAGAAAUUGAAGCAACACCAGCAACUGCUAACAAGACUGCCAUAUCAGCCAUCUUACUGACAAUGAAGUAUUUUAAAGAAAAAGAAAACUCUCUCUUCAUUUUAGUGGAUGAAACUUCCACUAAGAUGUCAAUAGAGACUGAGCAAACCCUACCAGCCACGCCAAGGCUCAUCAUGCUUGGGGAUCAUCUUCUAACUUCAUCUAAGUGGAUGAUCAGCAUUGAGGGGAAAGUGACACAUUGCAUUGAAGAGAAGCUGGAUUUUGCUGCAGCACUCUCUGCGCUUUUUGGUUGCUUUUAUGUUUUUAAUAUUGAGUACCAGGAGUCAGCCAGUGCCACACUUGAGCUAAUUCAAAGGUUCUUUGUGAGGAUAAAUCCUGAGGGGACAAAGUGUGCUGCAAAAUCUGGAACUAGCCGCAAAACUGGGUCUACAGUUAAAAGAAAGGUUCAAAAUGUGAAUCCACAUGUCCAUACAUUUUUGCAGAGCCUUACAGAAUUUGAAUGGAAAACAUCUAAUUAA